AUGGGUUCUCUUGGCAUCACUGUGGAUGCUGUUCCCACUAGCAAGCUGGCCAACGCCAAGUCAACCGCAGAUAUUCAGGUUCAGGUCAAGUCAGCCGACAUGGCUGACGAUGCGCCUACUGCAGAGUAUAAAAUCAUUGAAGAACCUAGCAGAACUAAACGGCAAUUGCGUGUUCUCUGCGUCGGUGCUGGGGCAAGCGCCAUCAACUUUGCUCACGAGGUGCAGGAGAGUAACCUGGAUCUGGAUCUUGUCUGCUACGAAAAGAAUCCCUCCAUUGGUGGUACCUGGUACGAGAACAAGUACCCUGGCUGCGGCUGCGACAUUCCAUCAGUAAACUAUCAACUGUCCUGGGCGCCUUCGACAAAAUGGUCCUCCUUCUACUCAAGCGCAUCAGAGAUUUUGGCUUACUUUCAAAACAUCGUCGACAAGUAUGGCCUCAUGCGCUACAUCAAGUUGUCACAUCGUGUCGUCGGGGCAUUUUGGAAUGAAGAGGAAAAAAUGUGGCACGUAAAGAUCCAACGGGGAGACGAUCCAAAUGAUGUCAUUGAGGAUAAGGCGCAUGUUUUCAUCAAUGCCACCGGCGUUCUCAACAAGUGGAAAUGGCCUGCCAUCAAGGGUCGUGAGCUGUUCCAGGGCCCCAUGCUGCAUAGUGCCAACUGGGACUACUCGGUUGACCUCAAGGGAAAGAAAGUGGGAGUCAUUGGUUCGGGCUCGUCAGCAGUUCAAAUUGUGCCCAGUAUUCAACCGAUUGUUGGCGAGAUGGAGUGUUUCAUUCGCAGCCCCGGCUGGGUGACGGCUGGCUUUGGCCAAAGAUUUGCAGGCAAGAAUGGGAGCAACUUUACAUAUUCGGAGAAACAAAAGACGAUCUUGGCCGAGAAUCCCCAAAAGUAUCUCGCCUAUCGCAAAAAGAUUGAGUCCGAGCUCAACUCGCGAUUCCGCUUCAUCUUGAAUGGAUCCCAGGAGCAAAUGGACGCCCGAGCAUUUGCGGAGAAGGAGAUGCGUCGCAAGCUUGCCUCCAAGCCCGAGAUUGCUGACCUUAUUGUCCCCAAGAACUUUGCUGUUGGAUGCCGCCGCCCGACCCCUGGCAACGGCUAUCUCGAAGCCCUGUGCGAGGAAAAUGUCACGGUUGUGCCUACAGCCAUCCAGGAGAUCACACCAAAGGGCGUUCUUACCACUGAUGGCGUUGAGCAUGAGUUCGACGUCAUCGUUUGCGCCACAGGCUUUGAUGUUAGCUGGAAGCCAGCCUAUCCCACCAUUGGUCGAGACCAGAAGAGUCUCAGCGACGAGUGGCACAGCCAGCCCAGCACUUACUUAUCCAUCACGGUUCCUCACUUCCCCAACUACUUGAUCUUUAACGGGCCCUAUGGACCCUAUGGUCACGGUAGUUUCCUUCCCAUUACGGAGCUUCUGGCCAAACAUUUUGUAAAAAUCCUGGACAAGAUGUCUUCUGAGGGGGUUACUUCAUUCGACCCAAAACAGGAAGCUGUCGAUGACUUCAUUCAGCACCGCCGCCAGUUUCUCCCACGUACCGCAUGGUCAUCUCCAUGUAGAUCCUGGUUCAAGCAAGGCACCGUUGACGGUGAAAUCAUGAUGUGGCCCGGCUCUCGUAUCCACUUUUUUGAGACUAUGGAAAACCCGCGUUGGGAGGACUAUAAUCUCAGCUACACAACAAGCAACCGUUUUGGCUAUUUUGGAAAUGGCUUCGCUGCCCGAGAGUUUAGUGGGCAGGAUUUGAGUUGGUAUUUGGGCAUGCUGGAGGGCGGUGACAUGCAGCCAGAGCUGCCCGAUGAGGAUUUCCUUGACUUCAUGGUCCAAUCAGCGGAAUAA